AUGCUGGAUAAAGUAGGGAAAUGCACUGAGAUAGUUUUGCGCACUUCUGCCGACAUUUUGCAUGUGCUUUCUUUGGUGACUCUUUUGGUCAAAAUGAAAAGAACCAGAUCGUGCUCUGGAAUAUCUUUGAAGGCGCAGAUACUCUAUUUGACCGUGUACAUAUGGAGAUACACAGAUCUUGUGUACUUCUUUCUCUACACAAAGAAGAUGCUAACUCAGUACAGAUUUAUUUACAACGGGAUUAUGAAGGUUGUAUUUAUUUCUCUCCAGUCAAAUGUGAUAUACAAAAUGAUGCGCGACUACUUCUACUCGUACGACAGCGAAUACGACGACACGCCGAUCUCCUACAUGAUAAUAUUCUCCCUGGUGAGCGGCGGAUUCCUCUUUAAGAUCCCCGAGGCUUCAAGCAACAGGUUUAUCCGGGGAGUCAUAGAGUGGAUGUGGGCGUCUUCUGUUGUCCUGGAGUCUGUCUCCAUUCUCCCGCAGCUUACUUUGCUCAACAAGGCAGGCGAGGGGGAGACGCUUACAAUACACUAUGUUCUGUUCCUGGGCCUGUACAGGCUUAUAUACAUGCUUAUAUGGGUGUUCAAGUGGGCCACAACCCGUGUGUUGGCAAGCCAUCUGCUUCUAUGGGGAGCUGUUCUCCAGACACUCAUAUACACAGAGCUGUUUAUGGUGUAUAUAAAGUCAUUUGUUGCAAAGGGCCGCAUCUUCAAGGUCAACCCCAAAAGGUUUUUGUACGACGCCCUGUCGCUGAAGAAGUAG